AUGAUUCCUCAACAUGUCCAACCUACGCAAUCUAAUGAUCAAAACUCUCAACAAAUUGUUCGCCAAAACAACAUACAAAAUGAAAUCUUACAGCAGAUUUUUUCCCAAAAUCAACAACUAAUUAUGAUGUUUCAAAACAUAUCAAAUAUUCCUUCUAUUUUUACCAAUACUCAAAAUAUACGUCAAUCUUCGAUUCCCCAGAACAAUGAUACUAUUGCCAAUUCUCAAAAUACACCUCUGCUUUCAGUUCCCCAAACCAAUAAUACUAUUAUUACCAAUUCUCAAGAUACACGGCAGCCUUUGGUUCCUCAGAACCCUCAGAACAAUAAUAAUAUUUUUACCAAUACACCUCAGCCUCCUCAAGAAUCAUCGAGCAAACAUCAAAUCAAUAUUUGUGAUUCUUGCAUGAAGGGCAAUUUUUCUAAUCACAUCACUGGAUCGUCAAGCAAAUAUCAAAUCAAUAUUUGUGACUCUUGCAUGAGAAGCAAUUUUACUAAUCAAACCACAAGUGUAUCCGUUUCUCAGAUUAACAAUAACCUAAUUUCCAAUCAUGUUACUAAUAUUCCCGAUCUUUAA